GUUGUGUUGACACACAUUGACUGACAAGUGACUGACUAUUCAUUUGAUGGCACUCUUGAGCGCUCACCUCAUCUGAUCCCAAGACCUAGACUACAGUGAACGCCAACAUGUCUUCUUCGGGUGAUUUCGGUAAUCCGUUGCGAAAAUUCAAAUUAGUCUUUCUUGGGGAACAAAGUGUGGGAAAGACAUCAUUGAUCACCCGAUUCAUGUACGACACCUUUGACAACACAUAUCAGGCGACCAUCGGAAUCGACUUCUUGUCCAAAACCAUGUACUUAGAGGACAGAACAGUUGAGUUAACCACUUCUUUGCCUUACCAUUGA